AUGAUUGGUUCUAUAAAAGGUUUUGUUACAUUGGCAAAAAAGUGUAAUAAAAAUAUACUUGCAACUCACUGUUUCCUUCAUAGAGAAGCCUUAGUAGCAAAAACUAUCGGUCCUCAGUUAAAAAAUGUUCUUGAUGAAGUGGUAAAAAUGGUAAAUUUUAUUAAAAUGAGACCAUUAAAAACACGACUUUUUUCUUUAUUAUGUGAAGUAAUGGAAUCACAAUUUACUAAACUUAUUUUACAUACAGAAGUACGAUGGCUAUCUCGUGGUAAAGUUUUGUCCAGAGUACAUGAGUUAAAAAAUGAACUUAUUGUGUUUUUUACUCUUGAAAAUGUACCCGAAUUGUGUGAAUUAUUAACGAACGAAAAAUGGUUGGAAAAACUAUCAUACUUGGCAGACAUAUUUUCACACUUAAAUCAAAUAAAUUCAAGUAUGCAAGGACCAAAUGAAAAUAUAUUAACGCCGUGUAGUAAGUUAUUUACUCUUAAAGAUAAAUUAAAAAUCUGGAAAAAACGUGUGCAAAAAAAUCAAUUUGAUAUGUUUCCUUCAUUAUCUGUAACAGAAGAAAGUUCCGAAGUUAUGACAUUUAUAAUGGAGCAUUUAACUGCCUUAGAAGAAAGUAUAGACGAGUAUUUUCCUAAUUUAGAUAUUUCCAAGUAUGAUUGGAUAAAUGAUCCAUUUGAUAAAAAUAUAUGUUUAACUGAAUUUAGCCUUGAAGAAGAAGAAGAGCUCGCUGAAAUACGAAACAAUCGAACUCUUUUAUUAAAAUACAAAAAUGAAUUUUGGAUUCAGGUUGAAAAAAUUCACGCUGAAAUUGGCAAAAAAGCUCUAAAAAUAUUACUGCAGUUUUCGACAUCAUAUUUAUGUGAACAAGGAUUUUCCACUCUUGUUAACAUAAAAUCAAAUAAACGAAUGAAAAUGGAGUUCAUUGAAGAAGAAAUGAGAGUAUGUCUUUCAACUAUUCGACCACAAAUAAAAGAUUUGUGUAAAAAAAAACAAGCCUAA